AGUGUUCAGCAAGCUGUUAGCCUCUGGCACCUCCCCCCGCUCGCACUGUCGGUCAUGCAUAAAGUGAUAAGGCAAAUGUCGCAGCUGAGGCUGCAAGCGUUGCCGAGCUCAACGCUGCUCAAGACGACUGCCUCAUCCACAGCAUCACCUGCCGCCCCUCACCAAAGCCUGCACACGGCUGGCGGAGCACUGUGCGCAAGUUGGAACAAACACAAUCAUGGGCCGCGUAAAUGGCUGGUGUACAACAAGACAGUGCAUCCGCCCCAGCAGCCGGACGAGGAGCCACGCAAGGCGUACGUGUGUCAUAUGCGCACCAAUAUCAAAUACAGCCCGGACAAGAUGUGGUAUAUAGCGGCAUUUGUGCGGGGCAUGUCCGUGGACGAGGCCCUCAAGCAGCUGAACUUUGUGCUCAAGAAAGGUGCCACCGAUGUGAAGGAGACCAUACUGGAGGCACAGGAGAUGGCCGUACAGCGGCACAAUGUGGAAUACAAAAGCAAUCUGUGGAUAGCCGAAUCAUUUGUGGGCAAGGGCCGUGUCUUCAAGGGGAUGCGACGACAUGCGCGCGGUCGCUUCGGCCAGGUGGAGUACAAGCAUUGUCACUACUUUGUGCGGCUGGAGGAGGGACAGCCGCCCAAGCACUACUACCAGGAGCCACAGACACCCGAGCAGCAGUAUGAGCAUUGGCUGAAACAGAUGCGCAGCCGGAAGGUUAUCAAUUCCCUGUAAUGUACAUUGCGUCCCACACACCGCCACUUCCUACUUCUUUCCCCCCACGCAUCGAGCAUUUUUUUUGUGUUUUGAACAUUUUGUUUAAUAAAUAAUUAAACGAAA